AUGUUGGAAAGUUUCGUGCCUGUGCCGGAAGGCAGUGAUUUCACCAUCCACAACCUGCCAGCCUUGGUCGAUCAAUCUCUGGCUACCAUGCAUCUCCCUGCGCAUAUAGGAGACUACACGGAUUUCUACUCGUCAAUUUAUCAUGCCACCAAUUUGGGAAUUAUGUUGAGGGGCAAAGACAACGCCCUGCAAGCCAAUUGGUUUGUAUUUUGGGAAAGUUUGAAUCAUUUCAUGAGUCUCGGGAAAUCAGCGUGGAAAGAAACGAGGACAGCUAUUCAAAGUCUCUUGUCGAAGGACAAUCAAACUCUUCAGGGUGACGCUGAGAAAUAUUUGCCUGUCGGUUAUCACGGAAGAGCGAGUUCCAUCAAUGUGAGUGGGGUUCCGACCCGUCGUCCUCAUGGGCAAAAGCGGCCGAAGCCGGAUGAGCCUCCGAUUUUCGGGGUGUCGAAUCUGUUGGACUUUGAGCUUGAAAUGGCGUUUUUCAUCGGACCUGGGAACCAACUUGGCAACCCGAUUCCGAUCACCGAGGCUCAGGAUCAUAUCUUUGGCAUGGUGCUCAUGAAUGACUGGAGUGCGAGAGAUAUUCAAGGUUGGGAGUAUGUUCCGCUGGGUCCAUUUCUGGGCAAGAGUUUUUCAACUACCAUUUCCCCAUGGAUCGUGACCAUGGAUGCGUUGGAACCCUUUGCGACCCAAAAUCCUGAGCAAGAUCCCAAGCCUUUCCCAUAUUUGCAACAUGAGGACAAGUGCACCUUUGACAUCAAUUUGGAAGUUGGAAUCAUACCUGAGAGUGAGCAAGAACCGACCAUAGUGAGUAGAUCCAAUGCGAAACACCUGUAUUGGACUCAAAAACAACAAUUGGCGCAUCAUACUAUCAAUGGCUGUAACGUGAGACCUGGAGACUUGAUGGCAUCUGGAACCAUUUCAGGACCCGAGAAAGGAUCUUAUGGUUCAAUGAUGGAAAUAUCCUGGAGAGGAACUGAGUCUGUUCAAAUGAAGGAUGGAACGAGCAGAACUUAUGUCCAGGACAUGGACACAGUUGUGUUUCGAGGUUGGUGCGAAAAGGAUGGAAUCCGUGUUGGAUUUGGUGAAUGCAAGAGUCAGGUUCUACCUGCACUUCCAUUGGACUGA